AUGAUCUUUCGUUUUAAAAUUACCUCUAUACAGCGUAGUUUCCUAAGGAAACUCGAUAUAUCGAAAAAAAUUUCCAGUUCAGGAGGUUCGUUAUAUCGAGGUUUGACUGUAAAUCAACAACUUAAUAAACUUGAAUGGUCAUCAUAUAAUAUUUCAGAAGUAGGGGAACCAACUUUACCGCUCGGAUUAAAAUUAUCAGAAAGCAAUCCCAGAUUUCUUUAUAAUCAUGGAUUCCUGGCCUUCUUGGCCACAAAUUUAAAUGGUAUGAAAAUGGCAGGGCAAGAGAUGGAAAAAGGAAAAAAGUUGGAGGUCAAUCAGAGACAUAACGAUAAACCAACACCCUUUCAAUACGAGCGGCCAAAUUUCAAAAAUCUGCAAUGUCACGAUAAACCAACAAAUAUUUAA